AUGAUCCACACUAAAGUUAAACUGAACGUUGUCCUUUUGGCCACAUUGGCCCUAAUUGCCUCAUCUGUAUUAGAGACCUCAGAGGCAUCAGUAGCUCAUCUGCCGCCGCAGGACAUUGAAAGUCCAAGCGAUCAUAUCGUUGAAAAAGAAUCAGGAAUUGAUUAUAGCGUGCGUGCUGAUGGCAAUUACCGCUUGCCAAACAACACCGAGCCCAUACAUUACGACAUCGAAUUGACAACGAAUGUGCAUAACGGUACAAGAAAUUUUACCGGCAAAGUUCAAAUUCUGAUAACGGCUACCGAGGACACAAGAACCAUUGUAGUACAUGCGCGUCAACUUGAAGGCUUCCAGGCCACCAUUAAAAAAUGCAAGCAAGCAAAUGCAAUUGAGUAUGAAUUGAGUUGGUCAUACGAAUCCGAAAGGGAAUUCCUUAGUCUAACACCAGUAAACGCAAGUCUUAGCCUUAACAAAGAUACCAACUGGACUUUGACUAUUGCGUAUAAUGGCCAAUUGCGAACCGACGCUGGAGGAUUUCAUCGACUUUCCUACACUGACGAACUCAAUCAAGUGCAUUAUAUGGCAACAACACAAUUCGAAUCCACAAAUGCCCGCCACGCAUUUCCCUGUUACGAUGAACCAGCCAAACGCGCCACCUUCACAAUAACCAUCAAACACGAUCCUUCGUAUAGUGCAAUAUCCAAUAUGCCGAUAAACGAAACCGCCAGCUCAACUGGUGUAACGGUCUUCGAUAAGACAAAUGUGACUGUCUCCACAUAUUUGAUUGCUUUCCAUGUGUCCGACUAUGAAUGGUCUGAAGGUGUGUUGCAUUCACUGCCACACCGGCUCUAUUCGAAACCGGGAACUGUUGACAAUCAUGAAUUCGGUCUACUCUCGGGUAUAUUGAUCUUACAGCGCUUGGCCGAGUACUACGAUGUGCCUUUUGCGCUGCCGCGAAUGGUGCAAGUGGCAAUACCUGGAAAGGGUGGCGCUAUGGAAAAUUGGGGAUUGGUCACUUAUGGUGAAGCGUACUUGCUUUACAACAAAAGUUCAUCGACGUCAAGCACACAGAAUUCCAUCGCCAAUAUCAUCGCACAUGAAUUCACACACCAAUGGUUUGGCAAUCAUGUAGCAGUUAGGUGGUGGACAUAUCUGUGGCUCAAAGAGGGUUUCGCGACACUCUUCUCAUACCAUGGCGUAAAUGAGGUUAAUCCCGAGUGGGACGUCUAUCAAAUAAUGCAUACUAACAACUACCAAUCGGCGCUUAUUUAUGAUGGUAGUGGUAGCGUGGUGCCCAUGACCCAUUAUGCGCAAACACCCACCGAGAUUUCAGCUCGGUACGGUACCUCUUCUUAUGCCAAACCUUGCUCGGUACUUUUCAUGUGGCAGCAUGCUCUCGGCGAUUCAGUAUUUCGUUCCGGUUUGAACAAAUAUCUAACUCAGAACGCAUUCGACUCUGCCGAGGAAUGGGAGCUUUUUUCAGCACUGCAGAGUGCUGUUGAUGAACACCAACUCAGCAUUCCCGCGCGCAUAGACGUUAUGUUCCCCACAUGGUCACAGCAAUCUGGCUAUCCACUACUAACAGUUACACGAAAUUACAGCUCCAACACGUUCACGAUCACCCAAACUGCUUACAAUGAUAACGUAAACAUUACUUCGGACAAAACAUACUACGUGCCAUUCAACUAUGUUGCCCGUUCCAAGUCAGACUUCCGUAAUACAACGGCUUCGCAUUACCUUCUCAAUACCAGACAAAUCACUAUCACCGACCAAGAAGUUGCCGCUGAUGAUUGGUUGAUUUUGAAUAAACAAUCCACGGGUUACUAUCGCAUUAACUACGAUGAACAAAACUGGCAUUUAAUUGCUGAUGGCUUGGUAGAGCAACCCCAUAAAGUACAUCACCGUAAUCGCGCUCAGCUUAUGUACGAUGCUUACAGAUUCGUCAACAACGAUCGAUUGGACAUAAGCAUUCU